ACACACACACACACACACACACACACACACACACUUACGCACACACAGGGCAGUAGGGUUCCGGCAGCCGUUCUGAAAAGACCUCCUCUCCACUACUACUGCUACUACUACUACUACUAUUAUUGCUGCUGCUGCUACUACUACUACUACUACUACUACUACUACUACUACUACUACUAUCACCGCCAUCACCGUAAUCUCCAAGUGUUCCCACAGGUCAAGGAAACAAGAGACGUGUGAAGGAAGGAAGGAAGGAAGGAAGGAAGGAAGGAAGGAAGGAAGGAAGGAAGGAAGGAAGGAAGGAAGGAAGGAAGGAAGGAAGGAAGGAAGGAAAGAAGAAAGGAAGAGAGGAAAGAAAGAAAGACAAGAGAAAUGAAUAACAGGCGACAUGAACAGGCGGCGUGGUGGGCAGGCUGGGUGGGUCACAUGCCGCGGGUGACCUCCCUUCUGCAGGAGAGGUCAUGGUUGUCCCCGUGGAUGUUACCGAAGACUGCAAACUCCAUACUGAGGGCCAUUGGCAUUGUAGCCUUUGCCAACAGCCCCCUAAGUGGCCUAUUCAUCCUGGCAGGCAUGUUUGUGGGGAACCUGAAUGUGGGAUGGGCUUGUCUGCUGGCUGGCGUCAUUGGGGUCAUCUUUGCAAAGCUCCUGAACCAACCAGAGGACCUGUUAGGGGAUGGAGUUGUGGUUUUCAAUGGUAUUCUGGUGGCCUGCAUCUCUGUGGCUGUGUUUCCCUCCCUCUCCGGACACCAGGUUGAUGCGGCCUUCUGGGGUGUGUUGGCGGUGAUGCUGGUGGUCACCGCAUACAUCGAUAAAGGGUUGAAUGCUUUAAUGGCCCCUUCCAAGCUGCCGGCCCUGUCCGUCCCCUUCAACAUUGCUGCGGCCCUCUUGCUCCUCAGCCUCAGGGGGUCGGCGGGCAUGACAGGCACACACACACCGGAGGAAGCCAGUAUCUCAAGUGAAGACAGUGAGGGAAAUGGUACCUUGAUUCUCAGCGAUGGGAAUGGGACCUUAACUGAGCUGGAUGGAAAUGUAACAGAGGUGGACUGGUUGAAGGUGAUGGAGGGCAGUGUGCUGGCAGCGGGGCAGAUCUACGGUGUGGGGACAAUAGACUCUUCAAUCCUUGUGUUACUCGGCUUCCUGGUGUUUUCUCCACUCCUCACCACCUUUUUCCUCCUUGGCGGCAUCAUUGGCUCUGUGCUGGGCGCGGUGGUGAGUGUGGCGCCCUACAGUGAGGUGUACGCCGGGCUGUGGGGCUACAACGCCAUGCUUACAGCGGGUGGCAUUGUAUACUUCCUGCACGUUACGCCCUCCUCCACCCUCGCUGCGGUGGUUGGUGCUACCCUGGCCGCCCUCACCCAGGCUGCCUCACUCCACGUCUUCAGUGCGAUGACAGUGCCAGUCCUCUCCUAUCCAUUCAACGUGGCCACCCUCCUCAUUCUGGCCAUAAGCACAGUCCCCAACCCCCCGUUGCUAUGGGUGGGGAACAAGACUUUCCCCGAGCACCACAUCUACCUCUACCUCAAGCACCUCGGCCGGAAAGAUAGCCUGGGCCCUGCGGAGAACCAAGAAAUACCUCUGUCAAUCAGCAACAAAUAAACAGACGAACAGACGAACAGAAGGUAAUGAUGUAACUGCAGGAGGAAGAGACAGAGGAGGAGGAGGAGGAGGAGGAGGAGGAGGAGGAGGAGGAGGAAGAGGAGUAUUGUUUGUUUUCAAGAGGAUGUGGAAGAGAAGCAAGAUGAAAUAAAAGAAGAAAAAGAAGAAGAAUGAGAAUAAGGAAGAAUAUGAACUAAUAAAAGAAGAAGAAGAAGAAGAAAAGGAUAAGAAGGAACACAAGGAGGAUGAGAAAUAUGAAUAAACAAAAAAGAAAGAAAAAGAAGAGGGAAAAAAGAAGAGCAGCUAUUAAAAAUGAACAAGAGGAAGAGGAAGAAGAUGAAAAAGAACCAUUUUUCUCUUCCUCUCCUUCCCUUUCCUCUAUCAACAGCAAAACCUCCAUGAACCAAACUACCCGGGGCGAGGCGACCAACGGCUUACACGAAAGUUGGGUUUAUCCGAAAAUACAUGUUUUUGUUACUUACACAACACCUCUUAGUACAUUACAAGCACAUCACAAGCCCCAAGAUAGAUAGUUACACCAUAUUUUGUUAUUACACACUGUACAAGACGCACUUACUGAUCACUUACUUGGUCAUUGAACUGCAUGCAACACACUGGUCACAUGAGAGGUAAGUAACAUUAAGCACUGUAUUUUCUUUUUUUUUAUGUAAGAGGGACACCGAUCGAGGAAAAAAAAAAAAAAAAAGCCCACUGAGAUGCUGGUCCCCGAAUAUGGUCCAAAGCGGUAGUCAAAAAUUGAUGGGUAAGUGUCUUGAAACCUCCCUCUUGAAGGAAUUCAAGUCAUAGGAAGGUGGAAAUACAGAAGCAGGCAGGGAGUUCCAGAGUUUACCAGAGAAAGGGAUGAAUGAUUGUGAAUACUGGUUAACUCUACUGAUAGUGUCCCUUUGCUUGUGACACACUCGCGGUCAAGGAUGUUGGCUGGAGGUUCUGGUGUGGGUGGGGAUGGAGUGGAGGUGGGCAUGCUGUCAGGAGGUUGGGUGGUUCAAAAGGGUGUUCAGGUUAUCCCACAUUCGGCUCAUUUGGGUUCGGUUCACGGGGUUUUGCUGGCUCAGGAGGUUCGGAGGUUUAAAAGAGUGUUCGGGUUAUCCCACAUUCGACUCACUUGGGUUCGGUUCAGAGAGAUUUUGCUGUAGCUAUCUACCUUUCCGUCUACCUGUCAAUAGUUUAAUUACCGCCCAAUAUAAUUAUCACAGUUCUCAUUUCAUUUAUUUAUUGUAACUAAUCUUGUGUUUUUUUUAUUUUCACGUAGAUGUUUUAAAUCAUCACAUUUUUAAUUUGUGUUUUCUUGUCUUAUUCAUUUUUGUUAAUUUUGAUAAUGUUAUGUGUGAUUCUUUUUCUAUAAAUGUUUUCAUAUACGUAUAUAAAAAUUGUACUGUGUUUUGUGUUAUUUAUUUAUUUACCUGCAUAUUUUCUUUUUAAUUUUAGUUUUUGUCCAUUUUUAAUCAAGAAAUAUGUGAAGAAGGGAUCACUGAAAACACUCAGAAACUUUUAAAAAAUAUAAGAAAAUGUAAAUGCAAACCAAAAAGUGAAAUAAAAUAAAAUACAAAUGAAAAUUUUAAAAAAUAUGAAACAACAAUGUAUAUAAUUCAGUCUUUUUCCUCUCAGACUUUCUUCCACACCAAAAAAUAUAUUCUAUGUCAAAAAUGAACACAAGAAUACCACUAAUAAUAAUAAUAAUAAUAAUAAUAAUAAUAAUAAUAAUAAUAAUAAUAAUAAUAAUAAUAAUAAUAAUCUAUAUAUAUAUAUAUAGUUCAAGUCAUUCUGAUAACAAUAUGGCACAAGAAAUUACAUAUAUAUAAAAUGGUUAAUAAUUCACAGCCUUAUGGAAUGACUGAGAGAGAGAGAGAGAGAGAGAGAGAGAGAGAGAGAGAGAGAGAGAGAGAGAGAGAGAGAGAGAGAGAGAGAGAGAGAGAGAGAGAGAGAGAGAGAGAGAG